AUGGAUUUUAUCAGAGAGGUUAGGGUGUGUGGGGGGGGCGUCCCGCCGCUCUUGCUGGUGCUUCUGGAGUGCUGGGCUUCCGUGAGCGCCCAGGCCGGGGCCACCGUGGCGGUGACGACGGAGGCCCUCAACUCUACGGAGCCAGCCCCGAUGACUUUCCGACCUGCCUUAUCUCCUAAACCCCUCAAUACCCCCAGGGUCCCCGAGCCCUCCUCCGGUCCCAGACCCACCCCGGUCACUGACGUUGCUGCUCUGUGUGUGUGUGACCUGUUUCCAGUACAGUGUGACGUCAACUGCUGUUGUGACCCUGAUUGCAGCUCCAUGGAUUUCAGUGUCUUUUCUGCUUGCUCAGUUCCGGUUGUCACGGGUGAUAGUCAGUUUUGUAGCCAAAAAGCAGCCAUCUAUUCAUUGAAUUUUACAGCAAACCCACCUCAGAGAAUAUUUAAACUUGUCGACCAGAUCAAUCCAUCUAUUUUCUGCAUUCAUAUUACAAACUAUAAACCUGCAUUAUCCUUUAUUAAUCCAGAAGUGCCUGAUGAAAACAAUUUUGAUAAAUUGAUAAAAUCAUCUGAUGGUUUUUCAUGGAAUGCAGAAUCAGAUGUUUCUAUCACAGCUGAAUCAGAUACUCCAAAUACUUCUAAAUAUGAGUAUGGGGUUCCUCUGCAGACUUCAGAUUCAUUUUUGAGAUUUCCUUCUCCCCUUACGUCAUCUCUGUGCAGCGAUAAUAACCCUGCAGCAUUUUUGGUGAACCAAGCUGUUAAGUGCACCAGAAGGAUAAAUGUAGGACAGUGUGAAGAAAUUGAAGCCCUGAGCAUGGCCUAUUACAGCAGCCCUAAAAUUUUGAGGGUGCCUAAUUCAGUAACAGAGGGUACCCCGAAACCUUCCCGGGUCCUUGUCAGGAUUGCUGGCCCGCUCCCGGGUGCCGUCUGUCCAGUCUGGAAGGUCCCUAUCACUGUUCAGUCCAUUGUCAUUCAGUCUAUCAAUAAAACUCUAACACGACUGGAAGACACGGACACAUUGAAGCAGGCUCUUGUCGAGACUGGGGCUGUUAAAAUCUGCACUAAGGUCGUUCUAGAGGUGAAGUACAGUCUGACAUUUACAGAUGCCGGUGAAAUAACAAAAGCUCAUCUGUCUGUCCUUCUGGGGACAAUUAGCAAUGCAGUGGUUCCGCUUCAGCAGACGUUUGAAAUUCAUUUCAUUCAGCAAAGCACGAAGCCGGUUCCUCUCAGUGGAAACCCCGGUUACGUGGUGGGGCUGCCACUGGCUGCCGGAUUUUGGCCUCCCACGGGGUCGGGGAUCAUUCAGACCAUGAAUCGAUACGGACAACUUACUGUUCUUCGUAGCACAGCUGAGCAAGACUGCUUAGCAAUAGAGGGCAUCCGGACCCCAGUAUUAUUUGGUUACAAUAUGCAAUCGGGCUGUAAAUUAAGGCUGACUAGAGCGACCACGUGUCUGCUUGUCGCGGAGAAGAUGAAGAGCCUGCUGAGGGGCCAGGGCUUCCCAGAUUUUGUGGCCCCUUUUGGAAAUUCCCGGGCCCAGGAUGUGCUAGACUGGGUGCCUGUCCACUUCGUCACCCAGGCAUCCCACGUGAAGGAUUCUUGCCAGCUCCCAGUGGCUUUAGUUAUAGAAGUGAAGUGGACUAAAUACGGAUCUUUACUGAACCCACAGGCUAAAAUAGUCAACGUAACUGCAAAUCUAAUUUCAUCCUCAUUUCCUGAGACCAACUCAGGAAAUGAAAGGACGAUUUUUAUUUUCACUGCGGUUACUUUUGUGGAUGUGUCUGCACCUGCAGAGGCAGGCUUCAGAGCUCGGCCAACCAUCAAUGCCAAGCUGCCCUUUAAUUUCUUCUUCCCGUUUGUUUGACGUCCCACUGAAAUGAGUACAAAAAUAGGAAAGUAUUGUAUAAAAUUAUGCAAGUAGAGUACAAGGCCUCAGGAGGGGAUCUUCCCCCAAAUGUCAUGUUAAUUACAGUGGAAUCUUGGGUCCAAUGACAUUUCUGUACCAGGCACUCUUGCUAGCUCGCUCUCCAGCUGGUGGGCUGGUGUGGGCUGCCACAGAGCAGUUCCAAGCAGCUGAAGCUGGGAAGAAUAUAGUAGGAGGGCCCGCAGGAAGGAGAGAGUUUAUUUUAUACAUUAAUUGUACAGUAAUUGAGAAAAAUGGUGUCAGGUGGAGCCAGCUAGAAGCUGGAUGAUGCAGCUGGAUGAUGCAGAGGAGGGGGCUGGGUACUUGAGAACAGCCUCCCCGGGAGAACUCGCAAUAAGAGAAGCUGUUUAGAACAUCCUGGACAUAUAUAAGGCCUUUCUAGAAUGGGCGGGUAGCCAAGGUAGCUUUUUUUUUUUGGUCUUUCACAGUGCUCAUAUGAAAGCAUGCACUGGUUCUUCAAGAUCCAUGUGAAGUAUGAAAACUGUACAUUUGAUGAGAUUAAAAUUUAUAUACAACUA